AACACCCUUCUUAAAAUUUGACCUUCCUUUUCAACUAAGCCGGUCCGUUCCGCCAAUCUUCGUCUUCGACGCUGAUUCUACUUUUUCCGUCUUCGAGACGUUUUUGAGCGAAUUCCCAAGGGCUAAAUCUCUCAUCCGCGCGUCAUUUUAAAGCCUCUGCAACAGGACCCGAUAUGGAUCAGCAGGGCCACGGAUCUCAGGCGCCGAUGGGCGUUGGUGCUAAUGUCCCCUACCAGGCUUAUCCGCAACUCUACCACCAUCAGCAACAACAGCAGCAACAGCAGCAGCAGCAGCUCCAGAUGUUCUGGGCAGAUCAGUACCGAGAAAUCGACCAGACUAGUGACUUCAAGAAUCAUAGCCUCCCUCUUGCUCGGAUCAAGAAGAUUAUGAAGGCUGAUGAGGAUGUUAGGAUGAUUGCAGCUGAGGCUCCGGUGGUCUUUGCUCGGGCAUGUGAAAUGUUCAUUCUUGAACUAACCCAUAGGUCCUGGGCCCAUGCUGAAGAGAACAAGCGCCGUACUCUUCAAAAGAACGAUAUUGCUGCGGCCAUCACUAGGACGGAUGUGUUUGAUUUCUUGGUUGAUAUAGUGCCCAGGGAAGAGGGUAACGAGGAUAUUGGAAGACCAUCUGUAAUGACUGCCCCUGCCCCGGCGGGUGAUCCUCUCGCUUACUACUAUAUUCAGCAGUAGUGCCACUGUGGUUUGAUCUAGUAACUGUAGCUUCUGUCAUGUUUAGUUUCAGUUGGUGCUUUUUAUGCUAUUGCUGUGAAAUUGUUGCUCCUAAGUCAAUUAGUUCUUGUUUGUUGCUUGUUACUGGUUAAUGAUAGAUUCAGUAGUUAUGUCUAAGUUUUUCAUUGAUGAACCUAUUAUCUCGUGUAUAAUUCUGUGCCUUUUAAAAUGGAAAUUAUAUGUGUAUUCUGUGUUCGAAAUCAGUUUAAUAUAUGUGCUGUGUUAUGAA